AUGUCCACGUUAGCAAACCCACCUAGCAUCCUGGAAAUACCACAGGAAAUUAAGAAAAGCUGUGGAGACAAACAGGUGGAAACCACAGUCGACAGAAUAAAAAUGACAAAGAGCAUCAAAGAAAAACAAAGCAAUGAUUUAGAGAAACUGGCCUUUAAAAGGAAGGCAGAAGGUGAAGAGAAGCCAGCUGGAAGGAAGGAGGCAAAGAUCAUGGAACUUGACAGCCCAUUGAUCUCCCUGCCUCUGCCUCACAUCCCCUUAAAGAGCAUCAUGGAUGUGGAGGUGAAGCUGGUCUAUGUGGAUGAAGAGGAUGUGAGCUAUGAGUUUGUAGAGUCCUUCACAUCCACUGGGAUUCAGCCAACAUGCCAGGAGGCUGAAAUAGUAGACCCUGUGCAUGGACUUAAUUUCAACUUUCUGCCUCAGAUUGACAAAUGGCUUCAAGUAGCAUUAAAGGACGCCAGCUUGUGCUACAGACAAAAGAAAUACGCCGUGGCAGCAGGACAGUUCAGAACAGCACUGGAGGUAUGGGAUUAA